UCGGGGCGGCGCAUCGGCCUCGGGCCCCAGUCCUACUUCCCCGGCCCCGACCAGGCCGGCCAGGCCCCGUGCGAGGACGCCGGCGGCGCGCCCGUGUACUUUGGCUCGGCGAUCCUCGACGACGGCUCCGUGCACCCGUGCAAGAUUGCGCCGCACCUCGGCGCGCAGUACGCGUGCCGCGUCCCGUACGCUGGGCGCGAGAUCGCGCAUAUGGGGAGGUACGAUCUGCUGCCGUACGACGCGAACGCGAUGGAGCUCGUGCGCACGAGCCACGGGCGCGUCCCGCCGGGCUGCAGGCCCGUUGAGGGCGGGUGCGAGAGCGGCGGGCAGAAGCUGUGUCAUGCUGUGGCGCGCGUCGAGCCCGGAGGAGUUCAUGUGCCUGGCAAGGCUGGCGAGCAUCUGGGUGGAUGUCAUGUCGCGUUCGGAGACAGAGAGCACGUUAUCAGGGACAAUUACGAGAUCUUGUGA